AUGGUCAUGCGAUCGCGGAGAACAUUUUCUCAACCUUACGCGGACUUUUUCGAUCGCGUAGCACUAAUGGCGUGCCCAGUUUCUGCCUUCAUUCUUUCUACGCGGAUGCGAUCCACUCUACGCAUUGGCGAUGCACUGGGAGCUAACCGUCCGCGAUCGCGUGCCUAUCUUCGCAAACGCGAAGGACUGUUACCUGAUAUUCAACACAUUUCUCCUGUUGAACCAGUCUAUGGACCAGCUAGAAAUCGUGCUGCAUCUCUAUACACAAUUUCUACUAAAGUAGAAGAACUUCUUGAUAAAAAGUUAUCCGGUUUGAAUAUCAAACCCAUUGAUUUAUCAAAUGAGUUUGCUGAUAAAUUAGAUUCUACUUUUGACUAUAAAAAUGAUGUUUUGUCAGAGUUUAAUAAACUCAAAGGAUACCCCAAAAAGAAUAAGUUUGUUAAUAGCAGAUAUGCUGAUAAACCUAGAAUGCAAACUUAUUAUUACAAUCGUCCUACUCCUCAAGAUGUUUUAAUAGAGGAACGUGAUUGGAAUCAGACUAAUACGUCUUACAGUGGUUUUACUGGCCAACUUCGUGGUUGGUGGGACAAUUAUUUGACUGUCGAAGAAAGAGCAAUGGUUAUUAAUGCUCAAGCCACUGACGGAGGAGUUGAUAACUUAGGCAUGGCCCUAGUGGCAAAUAGAGAAGAUGCUGUUUAUACUCUUAUUCUUACUAUAUUAGAACACUUCAACGGUAGAUUUACCAACCAGAAUGAGACUGUCCGUACUCUCCUUAAUGGCCUUAGAUGUAAGACCUUAGGUGAUUUUAGAUGGGAUAAAGACACUUUUAUGAGUAGAGUCAUGGAACUACCAGAAAAUAAGCUUGAUCAUUGGAAAACUAAGUUUAUAGAUGGCCUUCCCUCUUUAUUUGCUGAAAGAGUUAGGAAGAUUUUAAGAGUUAGUUAUGGUGAAAUUCCAUACAGAGACUAUACCUAUGGUAAACAGCUUAAAAUGGAUAAGCUUAAGGAAAGAAAUCAAUUAGGGGACUUUUGCACCCAGUUCGGUUUACCCGGUUUACCCGAGAUUUCUACUCAUAAGAAGAAGAAACAUAAGUAUCAUAGAUACCCCAACCAAGACAGUCCUUAUAGGAGAAAGAGAUCUAGAUAUAGAUCCAAAGAAGAACGAGAAGCUAAGAAAGCCCAUCGUAAGGCUACUAGAUUUACCAAAAAUAGGUCCAAGAGAGAUCUAGCUGACAUUAAGUGUUACAAGUGUGGUAAAUUUGGCCAUAUAGCCCCGAAUUGUAAGCUUCAAAAGUUGAAAACCUUAGGACUAGACGAUGAGUUACGUGAUAAGGUUUAUAGUUUGUUAUACAUUUCUGGAUCAGUUGAAAACUUGAAACGAGAGAUCAAAUCUCUUAAACAAAAUCAAAUGAUUUGUGAUCAUAGGAUUACUCAGAUUGAGAAAAUCAAUUCUCCAGCUGAGAAAUCUAAUGAUAAAAACAAAGGUAUUUCUGAAAAUAAUAAUAUAAAAAAGCAUAUUGUCACUCUGCCUUAUGAAGAUAAUUUCUCUGAGGAUGAUAUUCCUACUAAAUCUCGACCUUGUCAGAUGAACGCGGAAUUAGUGGAAUUCUGCAAAAAAGAGAUUGAUAACUUGUUACAAAAGGGUUUGAUAAAACCCUCAAAAUCUCCUUGGUCUUGCACAACUUUUUAUGUUAAUAACGCAGCUGAAAAGGAAUGUGGUAUUCCUAGAUUAAUUAUCGAGACAAAUGCGUCUAAUAUUGGUUACGGAGGGAUUUUGAAACAGAUAAAUCCCAAUAAUAAGCAUGAAUAUCUGAUUAGAUUCUACUCUGGUAAAUGGUCUGAAGCCCAGAGAAAAUACGCCACUGUGGCACAUGAAAUGAUGGAACCCCCCCGGGGUAGGGGAAGAGGUAGAGGUUGGGGAAGAUCAUCCCCACAGUCCAGAGGAAGAUCAUCACCUUCAGGAUCGUCAUACGGAUCCACAUCAAACUCCCCAAUUAUAAAAAUGGGAAGAAAGAGUUUAACCAAUGAGAGGAUAUCUCUUAGAGAAGAAUCAUCGAUCGGACCAUCCGUCCAUCUGGAAGAUAUUCCAGAAGAUAGUCCGUUAUACGCAUAUUUGCAGGCAUAUUUGACUGCUAAAAAACAAAAAGAUACUUCUGCUAAGCAAAGUGAUACUUUUGCUUCCAUUACAAAAGAUGACAAUGAUGAUAUCAAGUCAUAUGAGAAAAUUCAUAAAUGGACUCCAGAAGUCGGUUUCACCGAAGAACAAGUCCCGUGCUUAUACAGGACCUUUUACAACAACUUUUGGGAUAAACUAAUGAAAAAGGAUUCCAAAAUAAAGACAUUAUAUGGUCAAGAACUCUUGGAUUCCAUCAAAACGAAAAUCCAAGAAUAUUCCAGCAAACCUCAGAAAGAGGUGAUUGAUGACAGCUCAGUACAACAUAUUGCCAGAAAGAUCUCCUUUCAGGAAGGAGAUAAAGAAGAAAUGAUUAACAACUACUUGGAAGAAGUCAAAAGAAAUUUACUUCGUUCCAUUAAUCAAUAUGAAAAAUCAGACACUUCUAUGCAGAGUGAAACCAGCAACGAUGAUAUCGCUGAAUAUUCUCAACCCUUUGAAUCAGAGAAAACACUACCUGAUGAAGAUUUGCAGAAUGCGGAAGAAUUUCUCCGCAAAAUGAAAGAAUCAGACAAAAGACCAGCAUAG